AUGAACGGCGGGAAGAGCGCGCUUCUGCCGUCCGCGCGGCAGAGCAUCAUCUCGUGCAGCGAGGUGAACUGCACGGCGCGAGGCACCCUGGCGCUGUCAGCAGCAUCCGCGUGGAGCACCAACGGGUCGGCGGUGGAUGCGUACCGGCUCGAGGAGCUCCAGCUUCCCGCCUCGGCUGCCCCGACGGUGGCGAUGGCACCCGAGGCCCCUAAUCCCUUCCCCACAGUGGAUGUGCCUGACCACGCCCACUACACCAUCGGCUCCGUCAUCCUCGUCAUCGGAAUAACCGGCAUGAUUGGCAACUUCCUGGUUAUAUACGCUUUCUGCAAGAGUCGUAGCCUGCGGACGCCGGCCAACAUGUUCAUCAUUAACCUGGCCAUCACAGACCUGCUGAUGUGUGUCACCCAGACACCCAUCUUCUUCACCACCAGCAUGCACAAGAGGUGGAUCUUUGGAGAGAAAGGCUGCGAGUUGUAUGCAUUCUGCGGCGCUCUCUUUGGUAUCUGCUCCAUGAUCACGCUGAUGGUGAUUGCCAUCGACCGUUACUUUGUCAUCACGCGACCUCUGACCUCAAUCGGAAAAUUGUCCAGGAAACGGGCCUUUCUCAUCCUCUCGGCAGCCUGGGCCUACUCUCUGGGCUGGAGCCUGCCACCGUUCUUUGGCUGGAGUGCCUAUGUCCCAGAGGGCCUGCUGACGUCCUGCACAUGGGACUACAUGACCUUCACCCCGUCGGUCCGAGCAUACACCAUGCUGCUCUGCAUCUUUGUCUUCUUCCUGCCACUCUUCAUCAUCAUCUACUGCUACGUCUUCAUCUUUCGGGCCAUCCGCAACACCAACCAGGCUGUGGGGAAGAUGAGUGGCAGCAUUCACAGUCACGGCAGCAGUCGGGACUCGGCGAAGAACUUCCACCGACUGCAAAACGAGUGGAAGAUGGCCAAGAUCGCUCUGAUCGUUAUCCUGCUUUACGUCAUCUCCUGGUCGCCAUACUCAAGCGUCGCUCUCACUGCCUUUGCUGGGUACUCAGACAUGUUGACUCCCUACAUGAACUCUGUGCCCGCUGUCAUUGCCAAGGCCUCAGCCAUCCACAACCCCAUCAUCUAUGCCAUCACACACCCAAAAUACAGGUUAGCGUUAGCUAAGUACAUCCCAUGUCUCGGCGUCCUGCUCUGUGUUCAUCCUCGUGACCUCCGCUCUGCCAGCAGCAGCUUCAUGUCGACACGUCGCUCCACUGUGACCAGCCAGACCUCCGACAUCAGCAGCCAGUUCAGACGGCAGAGCAACGGCAAGUCCCGCCUCUCCUCCGCCUCCGACAGCGAAUCGGGUAUGACAGACACUGAGGCGGAUCUGUCCAGUAUGAGCUCCAGACCCGCCAGCCGCCAGGUCUCCUGUGACAUCAGCAGAGACACGGCUGAGCUCCCCGACUUCAAACCCUCCUCCAGCUUCAAGUCCAAGAUGAAGAGCCACGACUCGGGCAUCUUUGAAAAGACGUCAUAUGACACUGAUUUCUCCUUGGUAGGAGCCAGUGAACGCGGCAGCAUCCCUAAUGGCGGGGACUUUGGAGAGCAACAUGUAAGGAGAGGCACGAUUGGUCGAAUCCCGAGCAUUGUCGUCACUUCUGAGUCCAGCCCCUUCCUGCCCAUUGGGCGGAAAGGCUCCAAGACGACCCACAACAACACAAAGGCAGGGUCGGGGUAAAACCCGGCCUCCUCCUGGCUGAUCACAUGCAGCCAAGUGACCAUCUCACUUUGAGUCAUAUACAGUAUUUAAGAAUAGUUUAAAAAACACCAAAAAAUUGAGUUUACAUAAAGCUCAGAAACAAACAAAGCCAUGAAAGAAAUUAAUUUAAACCUUUAAAUAAGCAAACAUGGACACAACCUAUAACGUCAGUGGUGAAACAUGUUGCUGUCCUGCAACGUUUAAGUCAAAAGACAAUUUUACAUUUACUGUGGAUCCUAUAGAGUACAUUUAUAUAUUAUACCACUUCAAAACAAUGUACUCCGUGUUAAGUUGUUCUUUUAUAUUCAGCGAAUUAUCGGUGGAAUAAAAAGAUCAUCUGUAAAUAAUGCUUUUAUUUCUCUUUGGGAGGCCUAUUACUGUUUAUUCAUUUUGUAUCAAAGCCUCACACACCUACACACAGGUGUUAGUUGUUCAUUUGGCUGAUUAGACCUCCGUGUAUGGACAGCAUAGCCAGUUUGUGCAGUUCAAAGUCUACUCGUAUGAAGGGCCCUAUUGUCCAGAGAAGAGGUAAUCAGACAAAUCAAGUGAAAACCCUUUGUGGCUGUAUAACCAUCAUGUAGGACUACUUCAGUGGACUCACAACACGGUAUUAUAUGAUGAAGGCCUGUAUAGUACUGAAGCCAAACAAUCACCUGGAGAUGAACUAAUGCUUCUGAUUUUUGUUCCACAGUCAGAGGAUGCAAAUAGACACAAGGUUGUUGUUUUUUGACUGUCUUCUUAUGGUUGUGUGUAUGUGUGAGUUCCUCUAAGAGAGGUAAAAGGAGGUUCUAAGACAGCCCAGCAUGAAUAUGUGAUGACUAUUUGUUUGGAAAUGGAUGAUUUUUUUUUAGGCACACGGUGCGAUUUUUAAAACAAAAUCUGUGGUUCCCUGUUUGUGUUCUUGGUAUCUGUUGCAUUUUAUUAUUAACCUGUGAUUAUUCAGCUCAGUCCUCUGCAGAGUUAUUUGACAGGUGCAAAGUUUUAUUGGUUCUCAAUGAGUCGACUGAGACACUGCGAAAGAGACUAUUUCAAAACCAAACUUUAAAUCUGAAAACAAGAACAGCCUUCGUAUCCUAGAAAUAAAGAUAGUUUGAAAAAGCACCCUGGUUAACUCAUCCAACAAAAGCUUCAACGUUACAGUAACUUUAACCAGGACUUGCAAGCAAUCGGCAUUUUAUCCUAGCACUGUUUUAAUCAAGGUUAUGUAAAGUUGAACUUGUGUUAUUGAGCUUCUGCUUUAGCAACCCAAACCAAGAAACAACUCUUUUUAACGCACGUAUAAUUAUUUUUCUAAAAGCCUAAAUUUAAUCAUACUGUUAAAAUCUAUGAACAAUAUUUCAUCAAAUCUAACUGGGCUUUCUUGUCUGUAGGCAGACUGGCUGAGAAGUAUAUUUUUCCACUUUUGUGGCAAAGCUACCAGUUUCCAGUCUCACUGCUUCCAGUCUUUAUGCUAAGCUGGGAUAAACAUGUUCCAGACCAACAGCAUCUCUGACCUGUACCAGCGGUUCCCAAACUUUAAAAGCUGGGCCCCCCUCUCAAACAUUGGAAGAAUGACAGAAAAGCAGUUUACUGAAAAAAAGGACUAGCAAGCCAGUUUAAAAGAGGAAGAAAUCAAAACAGAUACUGAUAUCUAGGUUUAGUUUAGUGUAGAUUUAUUUUAUUUCUUUUUUUUAUAAUAUUUUAUUUUGCAUUUUCCAACAAAAAUAAUACACACAUCACAAAUCAGCAAAGUCCAUGAGCACGAGGACUUACACAAUCUUAAUAAAGAGACAUGUGUAGAUUUAUUUUCAGCCACACAUUUACCCUUGAAGUCCCCCCACAAAAUCUGCCAUGCUUUACUCAGUGUUUUUAUUAACCAUGCAUGUUGGGCCCCACUUUGGGAACCACUGGUAUAGACAAAUGUAAAGAUCAAUUUCUAUUGGCUAUACAUUCCUGAUAACAUUUUGGUACUAUGUCAUGCUCCUGCAAAAGCACUUUCACAGCCAAAAGACAUUUUUAAAUGUUGUUAAGAGAUUUCCUGCUUUCAGGUGUUCUUCAGUUUGCGUUCUUCUGUUUGUGUUUCUUUUCUUCAUUUAAUAUUUUAAAUGUAUAUUUUGCUAAAGAGUAGUGUAGUGGAUGUGACCAUGGUGUUGUUUGUGUUAAUAAGGGGGGUUAAAGAGACAUAAUUGUUGAUUGUAAUGCAGUGUUUUACAAGCUAAUCUGACACAAUGGUCUGUGUGAGGUUUAUGUACCUUUCCCAAAGACUCCUCUUUGUCUGCUCUUGUAAAAUAACACAGAUAUGACAACUCGUGACCGGUUAGUUCUAGCUGGGAGGAAAGUUUCCAUCUAUUUAGCCAAGCAGACUGUUGAGCAGCUUUUUAAGCUGUAAAACUGAACCAUUAGCUAAGUAGAACCGAGCUAUUUAACUUAUCUAAACAAAGUUAUUUCAGGUGAAUCUAAAGCAUGAGCGCACCUGAAUCCAGCUUAGUUCAUUUUCUUGCAAUUUUUAUUUCUCCUAGCGUCCAGCUGCAGAAAGUGCAAACAAAUCUUUGACAGUUAUACUCUGCAUAGUGUUACAUAAACAGUGAGGAUACUGGGUAUAUUUCAGAUGUUUGUAUGAUUAAUCCUUGUGUAUUAAAGUGACUGUUCAGAAAGAAUGAUGUUUAAAAAACAGGAAGAUGAUUUAUUGUAGAUUUGUUACUUCAGUGUUUUAUUUAUUUUUCUAAAUAAAUUCCUUCUAUUCACUGUA